UCCAAAGGUGAGGGUUGCUCGUACACCUAAUCCAAGCCGAGCCGGCCGUAAGCAAACCCCGCGAAGAAGGCAGAGCACAGGCGGCGCUCGGAGUCGAGAUGCUCCCAUGGGCGGCCACAGCGUCACCAGCCACCACUCCGGCCACCGCCGCCGUCUCCUUAGCUCCUCUCCUCCGCGCCGCCGUUCUCCGCUCUCCACGGCCUCUCUUCCGGCCGCCUCCGCUGCUGCUGUUGCGUGCGGGCCUGAGGUCCCCGCCGCGCGCCGCCUCUUCCGAUGGCAACGUCUUCUGGGAGGAGCCGGACGACGGGUCCGGGAGCGACUAUGAGGACGAAGUGGAGGAAGAGAACGAGCGGAGGAGGAGCUCGCGUUCCCCGUCCCUCUCGCCGUUCUCCAGGCUCGAGGCGGCGCGGCAGCAAGAACAGGAGCUCCGGAGAGAAAUCGAGCUCCUCUUGACGCCAGAAGAGAAGGCUAUCUUGGAUCAACACGAAACCCCUGGUGUCACUAAAAUAUCAUCACCGAAAUGGCAUCCGCUACAUAGUUAUGCAUUGGCGCUGCAGAUACCUCUCAUGGACAAGCUCCUUGACAGUGGAGUUGACAUCAAUUUACUUGAUAAAGAUGGCUUCACCCCCCUUCACAGGGCAAUCAUAGGCAAGAAAGAGGCUGUCAUUAGCCAUCUCCUAAGAAAAGGGGCAAAUCCCCAUGUUAGAGAUAGGGAUGGAGCCACACCAUUACAUUAUGCUGUUCAAGCUGGUGCCCUGCAAACCGUGAAGUUACUGAUUAAGUACAAGGUUGACGUCAAUGUUUCUGAUAAUGAUGGAUGGACACCGCUACAUUUAGCCAUACAGAGUAGAAAUAGAGAUAUAGUAAAGGUCUUGCUUGUCAACGGUGCGGAUAGGACAAGAAGAACCAAGGAUGGAAGGACUGCAUUGGAUCUAAGCUUAUGUUUUGGAAGGGAUUUCAAGUCGUAUGAUCUUGCAAAGCUUGUAAAACUUAUUCCAGCAAACAGAGUGUGAUUUUGCUUUGCCACAAAUCUGAGAGAAAUAAAGAGCAAAUGCUAGCCGUUGCAGCGUAA